AUGCUCGCCGGCUUCGUGGCCGAGUGGAACCCGCAGAAGGUGGACCACGCCAGGGAGCUGCGCAGGAUCGUUAGGGCGGCCGGACGACAGGCGCGGGACCUCUCCGUGUUCCUGUAUCCGCUGGCCUCCACGGCGUCGCUGGCGGGGCAGGUGGUCUCGUUCAUCCCCAACAUCGUGAAGGGCCUGGUGACGGGCGUGUCCUCCGUCGUCGACGUCUUCGGGAUGGCGAUGACCUUCGUCGGCGGGGGCCUCGGGUACUCUGCCUCGGCCGUGGAGAAAACGGGCCGAAGCAUACAGAAUCUCUCCGCUGCGAUGCCAACGGUCGUGACGGGGGUACUGGUGGCCGGACUAAGCCUGCUCUUCAUGUUUCCUAAUCUACAGGCAUGGAUCGUCUCUGGAUUAGCUUCUACUGGACUCAUGUUAGCGAGCAAGAUGGCGUCCGGCGCGCGGACCUACGUGGACGACAAUUCCCUGUGGGCGACGCUGCUGGAAACCUUCGAGCUGUUUGCCUUGAGAGCGAGAGAAGAUCUUCAGUGA